UUAAGUCCAUUAUUUUUGUCCACCACUCUGAGUCCCUGUGCUCUGGCUCUAUUCCUCUGUAUAGUGAAGUGUAUUGGAGUUGUGUGCUUUUCUGAGUGGACUACAGUGCUUGCUGCUACAGCUGACUCUUGGAAUACUGUCCCUGGCUUCGUCUCACCUCUUUACCCACCAGCCUUGCCUGCAUUGGCUGACUGACUCACUGGAUUUUCCCCAGCUUUUCUCCUUUGCUGUGGCCCCCUGAGGCUGGUACACAUACUAUUUCAGAGAGGACUCUACCUUUCCCUCUCUGUGGAUUCUUCUAAAGGAUUUUUGUCCCCCCUCUGGGGUUUGCGUGGAUUCAGUGCAGUAUGUUGGAGAGUGUGUGUGGGUAUGUGUAACUGUGUGUGAAGUUGCGUAUACAGCUAUGUCUGAAUGAAUAAAUAAGUGUGUACUGAGAAACAGAAGGAGAAACACAGAUUUUGGUCCUGGAAUAGAUAGCUGGACAACCUGUUGGAAAGUAGUGUUGAGAAGGUAUCCAUGGGACAUGUUGUGCUUUGGACCAUUACUGGGUCAGGUGGAUGCUAAGAAGGAAUGCGGUUGCCCUGGAUAGAGAAAGAGAGGUUCCAGUGCCACUGUGAGAAGCUGCUUCAGUCCCAUCAGAGCUGAGAGGUGUACGGUACGACAGACGCAGAACGGGGGAACGCCACACAACGCCCGAAGGCUGACAUCCGAUUAGAGAGGAGAGUGACGACAACUAGCCAUCUGUUGCUACGACAACAACCCAACCCAUUUCAAUCGUAGCCGUGCCAGGCUAGUGCCAACCCCAGGACACCAUGAUGAUAGCAGUGAUGAUGAUGGUGACAUGUAGCUCCCUGCUCCUCUUGGCCUCCCAGGUCUCAUCCAGCGGAAUCCCCAAGACCAGCGCCUCCUCUUCACCCUUCUCCUCCUCCUCACACCCAUCCUCCUUUUCCUCCUCCUCCCCUCGUAUGAAGCUCUCCUACAAAGAGCUGCAGCAGUUCCACGGUGUGCGUCGGUUCGAGCUGGAGCGCUCGUGCUGUUUCAGCGCCCUGUUAUUGGACGAGGAGAGGGGACGGCUCUUCGUGGGCUCACGCAACUUCCUGUUGUCACUCAGCCUGGAUAACAUUGCCAAGCAGGAGCACAAGAUCUACUGGCCGGCCCCGGUGGACUGGAGGGAGGAGUGUAACUGGGCAGGAAAGGACAUCAACACAGACUGUGUGAACUACGUGAAGUUAGUGCACCACUACAACCGCACCCACCUGUAUGCCUGUGGAACCGGGGCCUUCCACCCCACUUGCGCUUUCGUGGAGGUGGGACAGAAGAUGGAGGACCAUGUGUUCAGGAUUGACCCAUCCAAGAUGGAGGAUGGGAAAGGGAAGAGUCCAUACGACCCCCGUCACCCUGCAGCUUCAGUACUGAUAGGUGACGAGCUGUAUGCGGGUGUGGCCACUGACCUCAUGGGUAGAGACUUCACCAUCUUCCGCAGUCUGGGGGGACGACCGUCCAUUCGCACCGAACAACACGACUCACGCUGGCUCAAUGAGCCUAAGUUUGUGGGUUCGUUCUGGGUGCCAGAGAGUGAGAACCCAGACGAUGAUAAGAUCUUCUUCUUCUUCCGGGAGACAGCGGUGGAGGCUCAGGGCCUGGGGAAGUCCACCUACUCCCGUAUUGGACAGCUCUGCAGGAAUGAUAUGGGUGGCCAGCGUAGUCUGGUCAACAAGUGGACCACCUUCUUGAAGACUCGUCUCAUCUGUUCUGUGCCGGGCAGUGACGGCAGUGACACGUACUUUGACGAGCUCCGGGAUGUGUUCCUGCUGCAGACAAGGGACAGGAAGAACCCUCUGGUCUACACCAUCUUCUCUACCUCCAGCAGUGUUUUCAAGGGAUCAGCCGUGUGUAUCUACACCAUGAAUGACAUACGUAGGGCCUUCCUGGGGCCCUUCGCCCACAAAGAGGGGCCAAACUACCAAUGGGUCCCUUUCCAGGGCAAAGUCCCCUACCCACGCCCUGGCAUGUGCCCCAGCAAGACAUUCGGCAGCUUUGAGUCCACCAAGGGUUUCCCUGACGACGUGAUCCAGUUUGCGCGUCACCACCCUCUCAUGUUUAACCCUGUGUACCCCCUGAACCGCCGGCCCAUCUUCCUGAGGACCAACGUAGACUACAGCUUCACCCAGAUCGCUGUGGACCGGGUGGGCGCCGCAGACGGGCAGUAUGAUGUCAUGUUCAUUGGCACAGACAAAGGGACGGUGCUGAAGGUGAUCUCUGUACCUAAAGAGAGCUGGAACAACAUGGAGGACCUGCUACUGGAGGAGCUAGAGGUGUUCAAGGAUGCCUCAUCCGUCAUCAACAUGCAGAUAUCCUCAAAGCGGCAACAGCUGUAUGUGGGCUCAGACACGGGGCUGGCCCAGGUUCCUCUGCAUCGCUGCAGUGUCUAUGGGAAGGCCUGCGCUGAGUGCUGCCUGGCCAGAGACCCCUACUGCGCCUGGGACGGCACCUCCUGCACCCGCUACCUACCCAACACCAAACGGCGUUUCCGUCGUCAGGACGUGAGGAAUGGAGACCCCAACACCCUGUGUUCAGGAGACCACCACAAGCACCGCGUGGCAGAGAGGAGGCUGUUUGGGGUGGAAGGGAGCAGCACCUUCCUGGAGUGUAUCCCCAAAUCCCUGCAGGCCAGAGUGACCUGGACCUUCCAGAAACACCCCCACAACCCCAGGGAAGAGCUGCGUCUGGAUGACCGCGUGCUGCAGACAGAGCGGGGGCUGUUGGUGAGGAGGGUACUGAAGCGUGACGUGGGCCUCUACCAGUGCCACGCCAUGGAGCACGGCUUCACCCAGACCCUACUGGGCAUUACCCUGGAGGUAGUACCCUCCUCCUCCUCCCCCUCCCCGCCCGCUGACCCUCUCCUUCGAUUGGACCCCCGUAGCGGAGGCGGCGGCCCACCUUCCACCAAUCAGAAGCUGUGGUACCGGGACUUCAUGCAGCUGGUGGACCACCCGAACCUCAGCACCGUGGAUCAAAUCUGCGAGCAGGUGUGGGCACGCAAGAGCGCCCAAUUGGACAAGAGCUUCCCGUCUUCUCCCGACAAACAGGCCCCGCCCAUCGGUCCCGUGAUCCGGCCCCCUAACAAGAAGUGGAAGCAUCUGCAGGACAUCCGCAAGGGGAGGAACCGCCGAACCCACGAUGGGAAACCCUUCCCACGAGCACCACGCAGCGCAGGGGAGUAAUGACAGAGAGAGAGAGGAGAGGGAGAAGGAGAGAGACUGAGGGGGGAGAGAGAGAAGAGAGGGAAGAGAGGGAAGAGAGAGAAGAGAGGGAGGAGGAAAAGAGAGAGACAAAGACUGAUAGAGACCAAGGACUUCUGGAGGGGGUCAACCACACACACAGCACCUCCUUCUUUGUGAAUAUUUAUCUUCCGUCACCCCACUAGCUACUGCCCCAUGAUGCUUCACUCUGCCCUGACCCCUGACCCCCGAUUACCACCACUUGCUUGUAUCGCCCCUUAUUAUUCCCCCUGUCUUAAUUCUAUCUGCCCCAGCUCUCAAUCCCUUUGGAUGCACUCUCCUGGAGAACUUCUGAUAGAGACCUCACAACUAGAGAAUAGACUGAACAGACAGACAGAGUCCCCAAGUUAAAAGAUGUCUCAGUGUGUGUCACUCAAUCUCUCAACUGGAAUACAACUGGCUUGUAACUGGAAUAUCAGAAUGGAAAAAGACACACAAACACACAUUUACAGCCCAAGAUGACAAUUACUUUGAUGAUGAUACGGAUUACAAAUUGUGAGAUGGACAAAAACAAUGGAUUCCACUUACCUCCAAACGCACAUUGAUCAGCGUAGAUAUAAUCACAUUUCACGUGUUUUUCACAGAGUGCAUAAUGUAGAUGUGUGCUUUGUGGCAGAUGUAGGCUUUUAUAUACUUUUUUGGUCCAAACCACUACAGAUAGGAGAACGUACUACUGUCAUUCCAGUGUAUAGAGAGAGUUCUUACAGUGAGGUGAGAUUCUGAAGCAGAGAGAGAGUGUACAGGAUCAAUACAAUGGUUCCAUUGUGAUUUUAUUUUACAAAAUGGCUGACAAGGUAGAGGAAGUGGGCGAUAUUCUACCUGUAUGUUUAUGGGGUGACAAGAAAUACGUUUUGUGUUUUAUUUAGUCAUUUAUUUAAAUGAUCUGUGUGUAUUUUCUGACUCUAAUGACUUGUGUUGUGUGCUGACACAUUUACAUGGGGGAGCUGAGAUGGUUCAAGUGACAGACUGCAUAACAUCAAUGUGGAGGUGGCAAGACAAUAGUGGGAUUUGAAAACGACAUCCCAUCUUUGGGCUAAAAGCAUGAUAUUUAUGUGUGAAAAGAAAACAUCUCGAUUUUUAUUCUAAAUGGUACAUACUUUGUUCUUUUAGGCUACACUGUUUGCCUAGGUAAAUGAUCAGUCGCUGUGUGUGUGUGUGUCUGUGUGUGUGUGUGUGUGUGUGUGUCUGUGUGCGCAUGUGUGCGUGCGUAAAUAAACGUCCCUCCUUCCCUGCUUCUUCUCUAGGCCCGUCUCUGUGUGUUAAUUAUACAGUAUCUCUUUGCUGCCUUGAGUUCAGCAAAACCCAUUUGUCCUGUAUGUGUGUACUCAUGUGAGUAGAUCGCCACCUAGUUUCCUUUCUGUGUAUAGGCUUGGUCCACUGACUUUCUGUGGUACGAUUCAAUAUACAUCAUACAUAGUAUGUUGCUGACAAGUGGCUUUUUAAAAUAAAACAUGCUUUUACUUUUUCUCCUUUUACCAGUGAAGUCUAUGAGAGCAUUUAGAUGUAUGGAAUCCUGUCUUUUAUUUAUAACUGCUUCAUAAAGAUGUAAUUAUUAACUCUUGAAUGACUGAGGCCAAUAAGUUAAGUGGGCUGUAGUUUUGUGCUCUUCAAUUGCAUGACCAAGGUUAGUGGCUAGGCAGUUGACAAUGGAGACUUUGGCUGCGUAUCUGAAUGGCACCCUAUUCCCUAGUGCAGUACUUUUGACUAGGGCCCACAGAGUGCCAUUUGGGAGACACCCUUUGAGAAGAGAGAGUGACUUGAGAAAGCACAAUGUUCAAUAUGAUUAUCCUAUGUAUUUAUGUGCACAAAUAAGCUAAUAUGUUAUGGUGGAUUUUUUUUAUUUUCAUGUAGAGACUUGGGGCUCUAUUCAAUCUAUAUCGCUGAAGCGUUACAUAUUGCGCGAUAUAAACUUAAAGGUCAUUUCCAAUUGAGAUGACAAAUGCAGUGUUUACUGUGAACACAGUCUCUGCUAACGCGGGAACAUUGCCUUUAAAUUGAAAUCAAGCUGUAACGCUAAACUUCGGCGAUACAGAUCGAAUAGAGCCCUUACAGUUGUACCAUACACGUUCUGCAAAAACUAUCAUCAUUCAAAAAAACAUUCUGUAAAUGUUGAUCCAGUUGUCCAAUUAGCAUCAUUGUUCUUCACGCUGCCCUCCAAUCGCUGAUCCUUUCUAUUCCAUGCUAUGUGACGCACCCCAACUGUGUGUGUGUGUGUGUGCGUGUGUGUUUGGGGGAAAGGAGAGCUCUUUACAUAUUGGCUAAGGAGGAGAGGUAGUCUGUAGAAACAGUUCAAAGUUCAGAGGUCAAAGUUGACAUGGUGCACUGUAUUACUUCCAGAGUACUUUGUGGAUUGUUGUGCCAGAUUGUUUUUGAUUAACACAAUAAAGUGCCCAGUUACUUUA